AUGACGGUGCAUCGUGCAUAUCCUAAGUGCACCGUAAACACAGUCGUGAUAGUCGGGGGUAAUCGUGGGACUUGGCUGAUCAGCAGGCAUUUCUAUGCGAGUCUUGCGGACGUCGGAAUAAACCGGGAGGCAGUCAUAGUACAGUCUGGAGCUCGACGCGCGCUUGGUCUUGAUUUUGCGUGUACGGCUCGGCUGGGUCAUUGCCAAGAAGAUAGUCUACAUUGUUCCGGAAGUUACCACAGCAGACUCUGUUCCGGUCAUGCGUCAAGAAAAUGCUGUAUUCCUAACUCAGCAGUCAGUUCUGGUUCUGAUAGUCGCUGUACCAACCAGGGCGGGAACUGUCAGGAAAAGACCUCACACUGUGCCGGAAGUUACGUCAGUGGAUUGUGUUCUGGCAGUGCGUCCAGAAAGUGCUGCUUGCCAUCUUCAGUUCUUGGUUCAGGAAUUUCCCAGAAAUGUCUUGACUGCAUCUGCAAGCACGAAUCUGGAUGCCGGCCGCUGGGAUGCCACAUGGAUGUAGGGUCACUGUCGUGUGGGUAUUUUCAAAUUAAGUCCGGCUACUGGCAUGACUGCGGUAAACCAGGAUCCAGUUGGGAAGCGUGUGCCAAAAGUAAAACAUGUGCGGAAGAAUGCGUGAGAAGGAACAUGCGUCGAUAUGGCACGUACUGCACGGGCAAGGGCGACCGAGCUGUGAAGACUACGCCAGAAUACACAAUGGAGGACCCCAUGGCUGCCGGAAGUCGGCCACUCUCAGCUACUGGAAUCACGUGGCCGCGCGUGGUUGUACAGCCAACUCUUAAGAUUUCACCGAAUUAUCUCAAUAAAUUACCGUACAUCAUGAAAUUAAUGUGAGCAAAAUAUUAAUGCGAAAAAUGCGUCCGAUGUAUCGACGCAUUAAUUACUUGACACAAUAUAUAUUUUUAACCUUUGUCAUCAGCUAGGAAAAAUAACCAACCAAACGUAAUCAUGUAAAGAACAAGAUAACACGAAUGUUUAAAAAAAAGUAUUCUGGACAAGCAAAACGAAUGGUCCAUUAA